GAAAAAUACACCAGAGCGGCGGGCAUAGGUGAUCCCGCAAGACUUAUCUACCUUGUCGAUUGACGACGGAUCCUCGGCGGGAUGGCUGAUCUGCUCCAGCCUAGAGCGGAAGAAACAAUUGUACCUCUUGUCGAAUUCGAAACAGUGGCACACAUUCAAACACGGCUCGCCAGUUAGCAUUCGUCUGUCCUACUUAUGGGUACUCGUCGGCGUCAGGGCCCUGCUAGCCACCAUUUGUUACUAUAGCAGUCGCAGAGCCAGCAAAGCUUAAAGCACGUCAACUCCUACCUCCGCGUUUGGACAGGGACAUGCGUUUGAGAUGUAUACAUCCGGUGUUCUCAAAACUCUGUCGUUCCGACGCAAAGAUGAUUCAAAUAACAAGCCUGGCUCACCUUCAGCUCAACGGGUCAAUCAUAUUGCCAAUUGCAUGCGACAAGACAUCGACUGGACUGGCAGUGUUUUGAUACUGGACGGAACAAGCUCAAACGAUAGUCGAAGUAGAAACUCCAGCAUCGCUGAAGUGAUGGAAUCCGACAAGACGAGAUAUAAGCUAUGGCCUCAGGUAGCUUCAGGAAGCUCGACAGCGGCAUCAUUCAUAGACACAAAGGAGCAGGCCCUAGCUGCCGGUCGUUCCGCAACUUCACUCAGCGAUACAGCCAUUAUCCAGACCACAGCAAGUGGCUGGCCUCCUCGCCGUGGAGGCUCGCUCUUGAGAAGAAGAAACAUAAGCGUGCCUGAGCUUAGUGGCAAAGACCAAAUUGCUGAAAAUAUCAUGCAGCCGGGCGAAUAUGCUGAUUCUCCCACAAUCCCAGGUCGACCGCCACUGAAGAAGACGAACUCGGAUCAUCCUGGUCACGAGAGAUCUGCCAGUGCCCCGGGCAACUGGAGAGAAAGCCCUUUCAGCGUUGCCAUCUUGUCCAGUGUUGCUGGUCCUGCGAUUAAAACCUCGCCUGGCAAGAACUCCAGGAACAGGCUCGCGCCCAUUGAACAACCCUCGCACUUCAAUGGCAUCAAGCCUUUGUCGCCCAUCUUCUCGCCAACAGUAGAAGCCAAAACUCCUUUGACGGCUAUCCCACGAUCGCCGUCUCGCUCAGAAUCACGAUCACCUGCCCAAUCGCCGGUGAGAUCUCCAGCGAGGUCUCCGACAAGAUCUCCAGCUCCUUUAUUCUCUCCAGAGUGUCGACCCGAGAAUGUCGUUCGUCUAGAAGAUGUUCCCCCUCCUGUGCCUCCUAAGGAUACACCAUCAUCUCCAAUCAGAGCGAACACGACGGUCAAGCGUACACAAUCCACAAAGACGCACGUCCGUGGUAAUCUCUCCUUUGGUUCUGUUACGGAGAUACCGCCACGAUCAUUCCCUACCCUCAGCGUACGACCAACUCCCCGAGCCCCUCCAACUGCUCCUACCCAUGAUAGUCCAACUUCAAAAUCCGAAAGCAGCAUCUCUCCUAAACAAAGAGUUGCAUCACCAGAUCUUUCAAUGAUGGAUAAGUCAAAACCGAAGAAGAACUCCCUUAGGAAACAGAGAAGUGCACCUGCGCUCCCUAGGGCCGCAUCAGAAGUCUCUAGUUCAGAGAAUAAAGACGUUGCCAGCGGCAGCAUUCUUCAGUCCGAGGCAGGAGAUGAAGCACUACCAAUGGGUCUGAAGCCCACGGAAGCCGUGCUCGUGUUACCAAACUCCGAAAAAGACAUCAUACGUAAGCAAGCUAUCGUACAAGCAGAGCAGUUUGAGAUUCUUGGGUCGAAGUUGGUGACUCAAUUAUCUAGAGAGCUUCGAGCGCUCGAUGAACGAUGCGAAUACCUUCGGAAAACUUACAAGUCACUCCGCGCAGGAAGACAAAAACUGCACUCACGCAUGAUCGCAUACUUAAAAUCCGAUUCUUUGAACUUUAGCAAAGAACGCCUCCUCAAGCAACAAGAAGCUCUGAUCGAGCUCGAUGCCUCGAUAGACGAUUGGAUCACGAAGCUCGAGCGCGCAGAAAAUCGACGCUUGCGCCUGCGACAAAAACUGCUUGAACACGUUGCGGCAUCGAUGACACUCUCAACUCCUACCAAAGCUAUUCACAGCCAACAGCAGAAUCUCGCCACGCCACCGCGAAGUCCUCUACGAUCGACCACAACAAGCCCUGAAUCUGUAAAGGAAGUGGACAGGAAAGACGUAGAAAGCAUUAAGAUUUAUGCUGACAGUGUUAGCCUCUUCAAUGACAUUGAGUUGGCUGUUACUAAGAUGUGCGAAGCUUGCUAGGUAGCGAGCGAUCACUGUACCGCCACGAUAAACUCAAGCUCCAUCUUCGCUUCCAGAAUGCAUUCAAACUAUGCUAGGGAAACCAGUGGCAUCUGCUUUUUGUGUCAACCUUUCAUCAGACUACUGAGGCUUAGCGUCAACUUAGACCCUCCACCUUGUUUCGCACAAGACAGCUUUAAAAGACUCCAUAUUUUUGUAAUAGGGCGAUCAAGGUCAAUCGCAGAAUAGCGAAGGACAUUUUUUGGACAGACGUUCAAGCAUUGAAGCUGUGUAUGUUUAUACUCAUUUGCAUGCGGAUUAUAGUUAGAUCUCAAAGGCUGUUGAUGUAUGACUUUAUGAUAUGCUGCUCGUUUGGUGACAUAUCGUUACGUUAUUGGCUAUGUAUCUCUUCGUCCUCAUUGGGCUGGACACACAUGGCACGAG